GGGUCUGGGGCCCGCGUGCCGGGACUUAGCACCCCUUGGGAGCGCGUUGGGAAAAGGAGGAGGGCGAGAUCGGGCGAAGCAACCUCGGCUAAUUCGCCGAUGGAUUAACGAGCGCCCCCACCACGCUCCCCGCCGUCUCGGUCUAUAUUUACUCUCCACUUCACUUCGAGUUCGAGUUGGGGGAGAGGGAGCGAUUGCGAGCCGGGAUAAAUCUUUGAUUCGUUGGUUGCUCGAUCGAUCGAUCUUGAGGAUGUACUGAUACGAUUCGCUGCUGAACCCUUACCGUGUAUCUGUCGGUCAAUCAUCAAUGGAAUAUUAUAACUCUUCAUCAAUUUCCAGUGAUAGACUUGGUGUGCUUGGGCUCUGUCUCAGAGACAUCCUUGCUGAGAUUAAACCAGAAGAUAGUGAUCGAAUUAAACGGUUGAAUGCAAUUAAUCAAUUUUCAGAUUAUCUUAGAACUGUGCAAAGCUUGAGGGGUGCUGUAGUAAGGCCAUUUGGAUCUUUUGUUUCUAAUCUUUACACCAAAUGGGGUGACCUAGAUGUCUCUGUCCAACUUGAUAAUGGCUUGGGGGAUUCUGCAAGCAAAACUGUUAAAAGGAAUUUGCUCAGGGACAUAAUGAGAGCAUUGCGAAGAUAUGGUGUUGCUCGUUACAUUCAUUUCAUUCCUAAUGCGAGAGUCCCUCUGCUUAUAUUUGAAGGCAACUACCACAAUAUUUCUUUUGAUGUCUCCAUCGAUAACCAUCUUGGUAUAAUGAAGUCAAAGAUCCUCCUCUGGAUUUCUCAAAUGGAUGAGCGGUUCCGUGACACGGUUUUAUUGACGAAGGAAUGGGCCAAAGCACAAAACAUUAAUGAUCCCAAGUCUGGAACUUUGAAUUCAUACUCACUAUGUUUGAUGGUUAUCUUCCACUUUCAGACUUGCGAACCUCCAAUUUUACCUCCGCUCAAGGAAAUAUAUGGAGGAAACAUUUCCGAUGAUAUCACAGGAUGGAGUUCCAUUUCUGAGAGGCACAUCGAGGAUGUAUGUGCUACGAACAUAGAAAGGUUUCGGUCCCAAAAUUUCAGGCGGAGAAACCAAAGCUCUCUUGCUCAACUUGUGGUGUCUUUUUUUGAUAAGUUCUCUGAAGUCGAAACCGUAGCUUCAGAAUAUGCCAUCUGCACACAUACGGGUAGAUGGGAAAGAAUCGACAGCAACCUGGGAUGGGUCAGAACAUCACGUAGCAUGCUUAUUGAAGACCCCUUCGAGCGACCAGAGAAUGCGGCUAGAACUGUUGGCCCGAGUGAACUACGUGUAGUAUCGAACGCAUUCACGGAUGCAUACAAUAAGCUUUCUUCUAGUUCCGUGCUCGCUAAUCGCAACUCCUUGAUCUCCAGUUUAACCAGGCCUCUCGUUAGUUCACAGCUUGGAGUGCGCUCAAGGGUGCAUUAUAAUACUACCGGGACCGCAGCAAUCAAUUCUGUUGUCCUAGACCGGUUUGAGAAUGUGAUGAGACUGGAUAGGCAAUCUCACGCCUCGACUUCUGCUGCGACAGUCUCACGGCGAGCUAAUGAGAAUAAUACCCUACGUUGGUGACCGCAACAUCUUAACUUCUCUUAUCUGGGGCUUGCAAUUAGUGACUGGCUUUAACUUUUAAUUGGAAUAUGGUUGUUGCCAAACCUGGGAACAAGUUGUAUUUCAGAACUAGGAUCUUUGUGGUUUUAGCUUUAAUUUUAUGAUUUUGAGCUGGGCGGAAA